AUGGUCAAUUUCGCAGAGAUUUUGUUCGGAGGCGCUCGCAAGUCAGCAUCUGUGCGCAUGUUAGCGCUGAGACCAUGUGCUCCAGUUCAUAUCAAAAUCGACUACUGCGAGUACGUUUUGAGUGAGCUCUCCCUUGCGAUUGCGGAAGGACGACUGCUGACUACAUGUGCGCCCACGCAGUCUCUGAAGCUGGUCUCACCACCUCGGAAUCUAUCUGGAUCAGCCCGUCCAGAACUUGAUACAAGUGUCUUGGCUCUAUAUCCAGUCAUUGCCCGCAGCGAUAUUUGGCAUUUCGCCACGAUGAUCCCACACCGCAAGAUGUACAAAAAUACGAGAAAUAUUUCUUCAACUGACGCCCCCCAUCGCGCACACCAUGAUGCCGCAACCGACCGGCUAACGGUUCGAAUACUGGCCGGGUGGGUCGGCUCUCAGCAAAUAACUGCGUAUCGUCACUCAAGCAAGCAGCUAGCCAGAGAUACCCACAGUCGUGAUCAUUAUCGUGGAGCAGGAUAUAGAUUGCUGGCAGCUACUGCCAGUGCCGACCCCUCCUCCUUCCCCCAAGAUCAUACCGUCCGGGGCGAACCUGAGUCUUGGAAGCCCCACUAUAUCACCACCUUGGCCCUAUUGGCAGGUAAUAUCCCAUACGUACAUUUCACGUUUUACCUAGACUUCCUUGCCAACUAUCUAGGUGGUAUUCCUUGGUCACCAAGUGUGCGGUUUGUUCAAGGCAAAGGCCCUUGCAUACUCAAGAACCGUACGUACUACCAGCUCAAAUUGGAAAAUGGGCCAUAUCUCCCUCAAGUACCUGGUAUGCACGGUGCCAAACAUUGGCAGUAUGGCCUUGGUCAUGACUUGUGGGCGCGCAGCCCUUCAAGUCGACACUCGGUGCACUGA